AUGCGCUUCUCCGCCGCCACCCUCCUCGUUUCAGCACUGGGAUGGUUCUCCGCCGCGACCGCACACACCAUCCAGCUCAAGGCUCACUCGCGCGAAUGCUUCCACGAGUCGCUGCACAAGGAUGAUUUGAUGACCGUGACGUUCCAAGUGGGAGAUCGGGAGUUUGGAGGUAGUGGGAAUCUGGAGAUUGAUUUCUGGGUCGAGGACCCCCUUCGCAACCGCCAGUACUACAAGCAAGCCAUCUCCAACGAGGACUACUCCUUCACCGCGCAAUCCGACGGCAAGUACAACUACUGCUUCAGUAAUGAGGGCUGGACCUCGAACUCGAAGGAGGUUUCUUUUAACGUCCACGGAAUCGUCUAUGUGCCCGAGUCGGAGAUGUCGCAAGACCCGCUCGAGGCUGAAGUUCGCAAACUUUCCGACAAUCUCGCACAGGUUCGCGACGAGCAGGGGUACAUUGUGGUUCGCGAACGUGUCCACCGGAAUACCGCCGAGAGCACCAACGGCCGUGUGAAGUGGUGGAGCAUCUUCCAGCUGGCUGUGGUUAUUGGCGAGGGGAUUUUCCAGGUGUGGUGGCUGAAGCGCUUUUUCGAGGUCAAGCGUGUCGUCUAA